CCCCGACGACGAAUACGGUGCGUCUGUGUGGCUGCAGAGCCUCAAUCCUUGCUACUGAUGGGACUGCUCCGCAUCAUCAUCACGUACGAACUUUCCGCAUUUCGCCAUGAGUACAGACUCACAACCUCGUGUUGUGCCACCAAGCCGACGAAGAGACAAGCCCAUCGUUAGUUGCAUCCUCUGUCGCCGUCGCAAACUGAAAUGCGACCGUCAGCAACCGUGCAAGACAUGUGUCGACAGAGGUUUAGCUUUGUCAUGCACGUACGUGCAGAAUGCGCCAGCUGCUCAAGAACCAAAGGUCCCCCACAGUGUGCAUGAUCGUAUUGAUCAGUUGGAAAAGCUAGUAACUUCCCUGAUGAGCGGCAAGGAUAUUGGCCACAACGCUCCAGCCACACCAGCGGUGUCACACUUUCAACACCUGAGUGAGGACCAUGAUGCAGAGGUACCGAAUACGCCAGAUCGUGUGCGUUUUACUGGCGAUACGACAAGCUACACAAAUAGCGCGCACUGGACCAGCAUACUAGACGGGAUAUCUGAGCUCCGAGAACAUCUUGACGAAAUACCUACUACAGCACAUUCGCGAGAUGAAUACUCCAGCGAUGUGCCAGGCCCAGAUCUCUUGUUUGGCCGUCAAAGACACGCGUCUAAACAGGAAUUGCUCGCAGCUUUGCCUCCCCGUACCGAGGCGGACCAGUUAAUUUCGACGUACUUUGCUUCAAUGGAUACAUCCCCAAAUUUGGUGCAUAAGCCCACGUUUCUCAAAGAGUACGCUCGGUUUUGGACACAACCUUUUGAGACGAGCGAGAUGUGGCUAGGGUAUCUUUUCGCCAUUCUUGCUCUUGGGGCGCAAUUCCAGGCCGGCCUUGGAGACCCUGAGGUAGGUCUCCAAGGAGUCGCGACUCCAUCGCUGUUCACUGCACGAAUCGACUUCUAUCGCGAGAAGCUCGUACAGUGUUUGGUCCUAGCAAAUUAUGCGAAAUGCCCUCCUUACACAGUUGAAGUUCUAAUCAUGUAUUUUGGCACGGAGUACCUGCGAUCGGCAGACUCGCAGUUCAGCAUGUCACUCCUCACUGGGCUCAUUGUCCGAGUUGCUUUCCGUAUGGGAUACCAUAGGGAACCUUCACGCUUCUCAGACAUAUCGCCUUUCAGAGCAGAAAUGCGGCGAAGGACAUGGCUCAUGGUCAUGUCACUUGAUCUCGCUACAUCGUCCCAAGUCGGUCUGCCUCGACUGAUACAGCCAUUCAUGUGUGACACGCAGGAGCCGCGUAAUCUUCUCGAGGAAGAUAUUCACGAAAACAUCACCGAGCUUCCUCCGUCGCGCCCGGAAAUUGAGUUGACCCCUUCUCUUUAUACAGUAGUUCUAACGCGCGUACGGCUGGCACAUGCAAAACUCAUGGAUUUGAUGAACGCCACAGCACAGCCUCCGUACCGCGAAGUCAUGCAGCUGGACGCGAUGUUCCGGGAUGUGUACGUCAGGCUGCCAGAGUGUGCAAAACCAAUUCCGGGGGAAGAGUUUGAUAGUUCCAUUUCACCAGCUUCAAUGCGGCGUUUUUACCUUGGACUGUCCUUUCUAAAAUGCGAGCUUCAGCUACAUCGUCCAUACUUGUUACUCGGCCGCUCCGACCCACAUUACGAAUACUCGAGACGAGUCUGUCUGAACGCAGCAACUGAGAUGUUAGGGUUCCAGCGGAAAGUCGAUGGUGAGAUUCGGCCCGGAGGGAAGCUAUGGUCUCCAGGAAUGCAAAGCUUUACUGUCAGCUGGUACAUGUCCUCGAUUGUUGCACACGAUUUCCUCCUCGCUACCACCGUCCUGGUCCUUGAUCUGGACGCCGACCUUAGUACGCCAAUACAGCCCACGCCUGGGACGCCAACGAGUGGACUUCAACUUGACCAUGGACCGCCAACGCGAUUGGAAAUUGUAGAAGCGCUACAGAAUGCAUAUUCUAUUUGGUCAAAGGCAAGCCGAAGGUCGCAUGAAGCUCGCAAGGUUGCUGCAGCCGUCAAAUUGGUUCUCAAGAGGGCACACUCAAGCACACAUAUGGCACAGAGCCAAACAAGGAGUGUAGUAAACUUUGCUACAGAGCAAGUGGACACAGCAUCGCCAGCGUCGUCUUUCGAUUUUAACGACUUUCCCAACGAAGCUGUAGACUUGAACUUUCCUGCCAUGGGAAGCGGUGGCUACGCUAACACCUUUCUCAUGCCUGACGUACCUAUGGAUCUCGAUGCAUUCACUGAAACUUUUGGUUGGAGUGGUUUACCAUCGAACCUCCAAGCGCCGACAGACCAGUUACCGUACUAAUUACAAAACAAAGCAUCAAUACAAAGAUGAGUUACUGCACAGCUUAGUUAUGAGGCUGAGAGAUCUUUCGCCAAACAUCCUAGCCUAAGAGGUCGUUGUUGAGCCAACACAAUCAGAAAAAUUAGGCAGCGGACACAAGAAAUAGUCUCAAGCUUCAAAAUGCCGCGUAGAGUCGCU